UCUACACUGUCUUUCUCUCUCUACACUCUCUCUCACACAGCCACCCCAAUUUGUCUCCAAUAACAAUGUAACAUUUCUCUCUCUCUCUCUAACCAUUCCAAACGCCAGUCCAAUCUCUCUCCUCACCCCCAUGCAGUUGUAGUCCAACCCCUUGGGCUUUUAUUCUCCACUCCAAUGUUAUCCUUCCCUAUCUCCCCUUGAGAGAUCACCAAAAACCCACCCCAAAAUCAGCUCCAAAGAACCAUGGCCUCCUGCACAGUCUACACCACCCAUUCUCUCUCCUCUUCAGGCACAAUCUCCAAAACCAGCAUAGGAUUUCUCCACCAAUCUCCACUCAGACCUGAAAACCAAAUCAUAUUCUGCAAAAGAACCACCAAAAGACCCAACUCUCUCUCUACAAUCACAUGCUCAGUUCCUGAAUAUCCAAAGACUGUAGUGAUUGGGUUAGCUGCUGAUUCAGGAUGUGGAAAAAGCACCUUCAUGAGGAGGCUCACAAGUGUUUUUGGGGGAGAUGCUGCACCCCCAAAGGGAGGAAACCCAGAUUCAAAUACUUUGAUUAGUGAUACAACAACUGUUAUUUGUUUAGAUGAUUACCAUUCAUUGGAUAGAAAUGGGAGGAAAGUGAAAGGGGUGACUGCUCUUGACCCCAGAGCAAAUGAUUUUGAUCUGAUGUACACUCAGGUUAAGGCUUUGAAAGAGGGGAAAGCAGUGGAGAAGCCAAUUUAUAACCAUGUGAGUGGGCUUUUGGAUCCUCCUGAGCUUAUUCAGCCUCCUAAGAUCCUUGUCAUUGAAGGACUCCACCCCAUGUAUGAUGAACGAGUGAGGGAGCUUCUGGAUUUCAGCAUCUACUUGGACAUCAGCAAUGAAGUGAAGUUUGCAUGGAAAAUUCAGAGAGACAUGGCCGAACGUGGGCACAGUCUUGAGAGUAUCAAAGCGAGUAUUGAAGCAAGGAAGCCAGACUUUGAUGCCUACAUUGAUCCGCAGAAGCAAUACGCAGAUGCAGUCAUCGAAGUCCUGCCGACUCAGCUCAUUCCCGACGAUAAUGAAGGGAAGAUAUUGAGAGUGAAGCUUGUGAUGAAAGAAGGGGUCAAAUACUUCAGUCCGGUUUACCUCUUUGAUGAAGGAUCCACCAUUUCCUGGAUACCAUGUGGUAGGAAGCUCACCUGCUCCUAUCCAGGCAUCAAAUUCUUCUAUGGCCCAGACGCCUACUUCUCCAAUGAGGUCUCUAUUCUUGAGAUGGAUGGACAGUUUGAUAGAUUAGAUGAACUGAUAUAUGUGGAGAGCCAUUUGAGCAACCUCUCCACGAAAUUCUAUGGCGAAGUCACACAACAAAUGCUUAAACACGUAGACUUCCCAGGAAGUAACAAUGGCACAGGUCUCUUCCAAACCAUAGUUGGGUUGAAAAUAAGGGACCUCUAUGAACAAAUUGUAGCUAGCAGGGCAGGGGCUACUUUGGAGACUGCCAAAGUUUGAUCAAGACAGGAUUCUCUCCCUAUGAGUUCUCUCUCUUAAGUCUGUGCUUAUCAGUCGACUUUUCCAUUGUCAAUAUGGAAUUCUCAGUUUAAAUGUCUAAAGAUCCUUAGCACAGGAGAUCAUAAUAUGUGUAGUUUAUGCUGUAUGUGGAGAAUGUAUUGUAGAGGUGAUGCAGAUCCAAUGUACUCACCUAACAUUUUUCAGAGUGUUGGGGCAAUCAAAUGGCUAUCUUUUGUGAAUCCAA